AUGUUCACCCAUUUCAACGGAGCUAUGGUAGCUCUGCAGGCACUUCUCUUCGCAGCGUCUGUUCUGGGCGCUCGCCUUGUGGAUUUCCAGGUUGCGCAGCCGCCGCCCCUGCCCAAGGACGCAAAACAGUGUACUAUCCGGCUGUUUGAGCACACCUUUGCGAACUCAUACUAUGUCCCAGCGAUUGCUGACUACACCCCUCCCACUGAUUGUGGAGAAGUGGGUUCUUGGGUUGGUAUCAGCCUCAACUUCACUGUAACCAGCAACGGAACCCAGUAUGAUCGGUUGGGCGUAUUCACCUUCCAGAACGUCGAGAUCUGGCGGACAUCGACGCCUGAACCGACAUCUGGCGAUGGUAUCAUCUGGCAGUACCUGAAAGACGUCACACGCUUCCAGCCUCUCUUCGCCGAACCCGGACUCUUCAUAUUGGAGUUGAACAACAUUGUCCAGACUGGCCUGACCGGAGAGUACGCAUCUACAUUAGAAGCAACCUUCUAUGCAUCAAGCGCUGCCCAUCCACCAGCGACAACGGCAAAUCUCAUCGUUCCAAUAUCGACCCUCUCGAACACGUCAUCCGACGAGGCCUCCGUUCCACCAAGCUUCUCGCUUAACAUCACGAUCCCGGUCAACUCUGUCGCAGCAUAUGCGGAGCUGCAAGCCUCUGGUAACGGAGAAGAGGAGUUCUGGUACUUCAAUGCACCGAACAAUUACCUCGACCUCCUUCCUAGCGGGACAACAUACGGCACUGGCCCGUUCCGUGAAGUUCGCUUCCUCGUUGACAGUCUAUUAGCCGGCGUUGCUUUCCCAUACCCAGUCAUCUUUACGGGCGGCAUCAUCCCUAACGCCUGGAGACCCAUCACGUCUUACGGUGCCAUCGACCUGCCGACGUAUCACUUCGAUCUAUCCCCUUUCAUUCCGUUACUCGCGGACGGAGAGCCCCACACCAUUACCCUCGAUGUUGCCAGUGCAGAGACAGAUCAUGCCAUCAACUCGAACUGGUUCGUGAGCGGUGCUGUGCACAUUAUCCUCGGUGAUUCGGACCAGCCUACCACUGGCAAUAUCACUCUGUACAAGGCAGAUGACUAUGCGGUCACGACUGAAUCUGGCGGACAGGAUGAUACUGGUGCGGUUGCGUUCAGCGUCGGUGCCACCCGUAGCAUUCAUAUCGAAAGCACCAUCGUUCCGGGUAACGGCAAGGAGACAAAGGUCAUCUUCAAACAAGACUUGGCCUACACCAACAAACAGUCGUACAACGUUGAUGCUACUAUCGAGGUCGUGAAGCAGAUUGCGAGCGGCACUGUCACAUCAACGCACGACGGCACAGUUGUACUGGAAGACACGUUCUCGUACCCGUUGACCAUCAAUCUGACGGCUACCGACGCAAACUUCAAUAACUACUCGGCUACUUUCGAUCACUCAUACAAUCGCGUGCUUUUACCUGCGCCGUUCCUCUUGGGUACAACUAUCGCUGAACACCAAGUCUCUGGUGGACGCUUCGUAUCUACGUCGUCCGGUAACAUCGGUAUCAACGGCACCAGCGAGAACACGUUCAAGUACACAGACGUCAAGGGCAACACCUUCUCUCAGACUGUCAACGCAGCGUCGAACGUGAUCACAUUGAACAAGGAGAGCGGGAAUCUUGCCCCAAGCCCCCUCCCCGCCUCGACUAUUGCUGCUGCUGCAACGCAUGUCCCGCUGAAGAUGGGUGCACGCCUUCCUGGUGGCAACGUUGCUGGACACUAA